UAUAAGCCACUGGAGAUGCGAAGGGAUCUCUACAUCAUCCACCAGGGAGCUGCAGAGAUGAAAGUGUUGGUCUUCACCCUCCUCUGCCUCUUCAUUGCCAUCAAUGAAGCCAGAGUAUUUAGUAGAUGCGAACUGGCUGCACUGCUGAAACGCCAUGGAAUGGAUGGCUACUAUGGCUACAGCCUUGGCAAUUGGAUCUGUAUGGCUUACCAUGAGAGCAGAUACAAUAGCAGGGCCGUGGGGCCACCUAACUGGGAUGGAAGUCGUGACUAUGGGAUUUUUCAAAUCAACAGCCGCUGGUGGUGCUCUAAUGGACAGGGCAGAACUGCCAAUGGUUGCAGUAGCUCCUGCAGUGCUUUCACAAACGAUGACAUCACAGAUGAUAUCAACUGUGCUAAGAGAAUAGUUCGUGAUCCCAACAGAAUGAAUGCCUGGGUAGCAUGGGUGAACAAUUGCAAAGGAAGAGAUCUCUCAAGCUGGACCCGUGGCUGUUGACUCUGAAUGUGAUGUUCCUAAAUAAUAUCCAGCAUUUAUCUUGUGUUUCCUUGGAGGAAAGUGGCUCCUAAUUUUCCCUGAACAAUCAGCUUUCAGCUAAUUCUUUUUAUGCAAGUCUUUGUGUUUGGCAGCCUGCACAAAGGAGGAAUUUCCUUGCUCUGCUUUUGAAUGUGAAGAGAUCAGAAAUUAAACAUGUCUGUGGGUGGGGAGGUGGGUGAUUAUCUUGUCUGAUAAUGUGGGUGCCUCUCUGCUCAAAAUUCUUCAAUAAACUGAAUAUCAAUUCUCA